AUGAGCUCUUCUCCCACUCCGACCACCAUCGCAGUGGCCAUCAACAAUCAUUCACAACAACAACAACCGAAAUCUGAAUAUUGGGCACACAUCAAAGGAUUCACUGCAGGUGUCUGUAGUGGUGUUGCUAAAUUAGUUGUUGGACAUCCCUUCGAUACUGUGAAAGUUCGUUUACAAACAGAAGGUUAUCAUGGCAAAUUCUCUGGUCCCAUCGAUUGUCUCGUUCAAACUGCUAAAAAAGAAGGACUUCCAGGUCUCUACAAGGGAGCUCUUGUUCCCUUAUUUGGAUGGUCCGUCAUGGACAGUGUCUUGUUGGGCACCGUGACCUAUGUCCGUAAAUUCAUUAAGGAAAACAUGCAUCGAGAGGAACCUAAUUAUCAACUUUCCAUUCUUGAUCAUUCCAUUGCUGGAUUUUUCGGAGGAAUGGCAUGUAGUUUCGUAGCCAAUCCUAUUGAACAAAUUAAAUCUCGACUCCAAGUUCAAUAUAAUUGGGAUGCUUCUACACAACGAUACAAGGGACCAUUUGAUUGUAUGAAACAAUUAUGGAGAAAUCAUGGUAUUGUUGGAUUCUAUACGGGAAUGACUGGAACGUUAUGGUUUCGUUCAUUUUGUUCCAUCUAUAUUGGAUCGUAUGAAUAUUUUAAACUAAAAUUGGCAAAUUGGAAUUCUCAUUCAUUGCCAACGAGUGUGAUUAAUUUUGUGGCGGGAGGAAGUGCUGCUACGGUCAUGUGGAUUUGUUGCUUUCCUGCAGAUACUGUGAAAAAUCGAAUCAUGUCUCAACCUGAUGUUCCCAAAGCCGAGUUGAAAUAUAAGGGUUUAUUGGAUUGUGUGAAAAAGAUUUAUUUUGAAGAGGGAGGACUGAAAGGAUUUUAUCGUGGAUUUGUACCAUGUUUGUUGAGAUCAUUCCCAACGAAUGGAGCAUCGUUUUUGGCUUGGGAAUUGGCCAUGAAAUGGUUGCCUUAA